ACAACGUAACUGCCCAUUUGUGGCGCCAGCGUGCCACCAAUACUUCGAUGCAACCAUCGCAUUCCAUCUCCAAGAUCAACCAGUAAUCGUUUAAGCUUUGUUUCUGAUGGACGUUAUGGACGCUAACUUGUGUUUAGAUUUGGAUAAUAUUGUUCGGAAUAUAUGUAUUUCGGGCAGAUUUCAAGAGAUUCCGGAGUUUUCUAAUCUUGUUAGUAGCGACUUUAGAGCACGAGUUCGUCCAUUCAAUACAACCCGUGUCGGUUACCUAGGGGACCACUUUCUCCUGGAGCUCAUCUGUAAUCCUCGUCCGCACUGUAACGAACACAUACCGGAGUUAUUCUUUCAGGUGCCGGGGAUGGUGACACCGCUGUUUCUCAAAACAACGCCAACGAAAAUACCGACGCUGCAGCAGUACUUGCAGUCGAUAGGGACGGCUAGCAAGGAAGCAAGCAUGUAUCAGGAGCUGCUCCCGAAAAUGGAAGAGUUUUCUCGCUUUGCUCCCCGUUGCUACUAUGUCGAAACCAAGGCCAACUAUACGCUCGUGCUCGAGAACUUGCAAACUCAAGGUUUCACCAGCAUCGCCAGCGACUCGAUGGGUAUCUUUGAUCGUCAGCAUUUGGAGUGUGCUCUGGUUGCGAUGGCCAAGUUCCACUCUGCUUCCCUGCUGCUGGAAGCGAAAACUGGCCAAAGUUUGCCCCAGCUGGCACCCGGUGUGUUGGAUGAGAAUGCCUGGAAGCGUACCGAGAACAAUCCACGCGUGGAAGAGCUGAACAAUGCUAUCAAAGUGUUGUUGGAGCUGGUGAAGGUGACCGAGCGGGACAAUCCAGAGUUGCCGUUUAUUCUAGACCGCCUUCCACCAUUUGUCGAACAAAUCUACGAGCUGGUGAAGCCAUCAACCGAAUACAAAAACGUUGCCUGUCACGGUGAUCUAUGGGCCAGUAAUCUUAUGUUUCGUUACGAUGAUGGCGACACCGUUAGACAGCCGGUCGAGUGUUUGAUUAUUGAUUUUCAGUUCGCACGCUAUACACCGCCGGCAUACGAUGUAAACAUGCUCAUCACGCUGACUACGACCGGAGAGUUUCGCCAGCAGCACUACUCCGAACUGAUCAACUUCUACUUCAACCGCUUGGAGGAAGAACUGGCCAAACAUGACGGUCAUAAUCUACUGCCAAAGAAGGAGGAGUUUUUAGCAUCCUGCACCAAGUAUCGUACAUCCGCACUGAUUGAGAACUUUCUGAUGAAUCACGUGACACUGUUGCCGCGAAGCAAGGUGGAUCAUAUCUUUUCCUCAACCGAGUGCUACGAGGCAUUCAGUGGAAAAGCCAAGAUCGACAUGUGCUUGGAGGUGCUGCGUGAUAAUGCGCCAUACCGUGACCGCAUUACCGGUAUCAUACGUGACCUAAUUGCAGCACUCUAAAAUAUCUUUAUUUCGAAACACUGACACCAGGGGGACGGGGCUUUACGCUAAAAAUCAAAUAAAUAUUCGAUAGUCUCGUUGACUAUA